UACGAAUUAGCGGGCAUGCGACGCCACUCGUUGUACCAGCAGCGGGUCAAGCUCACGGACAAGUACAAGCUCAUCGGGAAGAUCGGCGAGGGGACGUAUGGCCUCGUGUACAAGGCCGAGCUCCAGGCGCGGGACAGCCGCAUGGACGACGACGAGCAGAGCUUCGCCGUCAAGAUGAUCAAGUCGCACAAGGAGGGCAAGAACGACGUCGUGCUCUCGAUCGCGACCGUGCGCGAGAUCAAGAUCCUGCGCGAGAUGCACCAUGACAACGUCGUCCACCUCCACGACGUGCAUGUUGAUCCGCGGGGCACGAGCCUCGCGCUCGUCUUCGACUACGCCGACCACGACCUGCGCGAUAUCAUCAUCCAGAGCAAGCAAAAGCCGCUCUCCGAGUACACGAAGAAGUCGUUCAUGCACCAGAUCCUCAAGGGCGUCAAGUAUAUGCACGACAACUGGGUCAUGCAUCGCGAUAUGAAGCCCCAGAACAUCCUCGUCGUCGGCCAUGGGCGUCGCCGCGGUCAAGUCAAGCUCGCCGAUUUUGGCCUCGCGCGGAUAUACAAGGACCCGAUCAAGGCGCUCACGGACGUCGAGCGUGUCGUCGUGACGCUGUGGUACCGCGCGCCCGAGCUCCUUCUCGGCGCCAAGCACUACACGAAAGCCGUCGACAUGUGGGCCGUCGGUUGCAUCUUUGCCGAGAUCCUAAACACGCGCGAGCUCUUUUGCGGCAAAGAGGCCGAGGGCACGAACGCGCCGUUCCAGAAGGACCAGUGCGACAAGAUCUUCAAGAUCAUGGGCAUGCCGACGCCGCAGACGUGGGAUGGGCUCGAGUGCCUCCCUGAGUACGAAAACAUGAUGCAGAUGUGCAAGGAGCGCGACUACGGCACGACGUCCAAGCUCCACGACUUUGUCAAGUUUGGCACGGGCCAUUCAUCGGUGCUCUUGCGCGACCUCAUCUCGCGCAUGCUCCAUUACGACCCGGAGAAGCGCAUCACGGCGGCCGAGGCCCUCACGCACGACUACUUCAAAUGCGAACCGUACCCGCGCGACUGGGCGCUUGACGAGCCCAACAAGGAGCCCAUCGUCUUUCUCAAGCAAAAGAUUGAGCCCAUCACCGAAGACAUGCUCCCCAACCGCAAGUCGCCCGCGCACCACGACGCCAAGGACGACGACGAUGCCCGCCGUGCGAUGCGACCCAACGGUCAAGUGCCGCCGGGCAUGAAGCGCCCCGAGCCACCAACGGGAAUGGCGCCGCCGCCCAACCACGGCGGUCGCCAAUGGAGCGGCCCGCCGCCGCCAGGGUACAAUGCCAACCCGGUCGCCAAGCGUCCGUCGGGCUCUCUGGCGCCCAACCCGCGCAGUCCCAAACAACGACGUCGAUGAACGCAGAGUGUGUAUCGAUCAUAACAACAUCCUUCUAAAUAAUAGUUACUACUUACACG